AGAAAUGAAAACAAUGAUGAGACAUUCCAUGAAAGAUGUAAAAAGAUGAUUGAAGAUCAAAAGUGCAAGCAUACAGACCUUCUUCACAAGUUCCAGAAGCUUGAGCAGGAACAUGAACAUUUAGUGGAACGGAAUGAAGAAUUAGAACUUCUUUUGGGAGAGACUCAAAAUCAAACCAAGGAAGAGAGAAAACAUUUUGAAUAUCAUAUUGAAAAACUUCAAAGGAAAAUCUCCAGCUCAGAGACUGAGUUAUCCAAAAUACAAGAAGGCAAAAGAGAAACUGUUAUGAAAAGCCAAGAAACUGUUACAAAAGCAGAAGACUUCCAAGAGAUAGUGAUAAUGAACCAAGAGGAAAUUGAAGUACUUCAAAGUAAGUUAUCAGAAGAAAAAGCAUGGAGAAAACAAUUGUCAUCUGACCUUAAAAAGGCACAGAAGCUUUUGCAGGCUGAAAGUCAGGAAUUAGAAAGAUCAAAGUCAGAACUUUUGUAUCUUUUUAAUAAAAUUCAAAGUCUUCAAGGGGAAAGAGAAGACAAACAUUUUUUUUUCACAGCAUAUGAAGUACUACAAAGAGAGAAUGCUUUUUUAGAAACAAAGGUCUUGAAACUUUCACGACAAUGUGAGCACUUAAAUCAGUUAGCUAUGGGGGUAAAAGCUGCAGAUGCUAAAGCAGUGAUAAAUCCAGGAAUGUCUAAAGAUGAUACACUUGAAGAACCAAGUCAGAGCCUGAAGGGGGAAAGACAGCAACCAUGUCCUGAAUUAGCAGAAGGUAGCAGACAGAUGGACAUGCUAAAGGAACCAUUGAAGGGGGGCUGUCAUCCAAAAGAGAUGGAAAGGGAAGAACAUCCUCAACAGGAACAAGAUGUAAAUGCUGAGAGGCAGCAAUUUAAUAGCAAGUCUGAGGAGGCAAGGCUUAGAGAAGACUUGAACCAGCUGAGUAAACAAUUUCUCCGUUCUCCCAGUUCUGGAGAUAGUUCAGAUGACAGUAGCAAACAGAGUUUGCUAGAGAAAAGCUUGAGAUAUCAACAGCAGGAAGAAGAGCUGCAGAAGCUUCGACAGAACUUGCAAAGAGUUCAGACUCUGUGCAGCUCAAUUGAAAGAGAGCUCCAGUUUGAACGGACAAAAAACUUUGAUUUAAAGCAGCAGAAUAACUUACUUCAUGAAGAGAGCAUGAAGAUCAAAGCUGAAUUGAAGCAGGCCCAGAAGAAACUACUAGAUAGCACAAGUAUGUGUUCUUCCAUCACGGCAGACUGGGAAAGUAGUCAGCAGAAAGUAAGAGAGCUUGAACAAGAAAUGCUUAAGCAAUCUGAGAAUAUUCAAUCACAAAGCAAUUUAUAUGAAAAACUUGCUCAAGAGAAAACCAGAGUGGCUUAUGCAGAGAAAAAGGUCUUGGAACUCCAGGAGAAAUUAGAAGCUGCAAAUGAGUCUUGUACAAAAACUUGCAUUUUAGAUAAAAAGCAGCUUGAAGAAGCGGUAAAAGAAGCAAGAAAAAAUGAGGCCAAACUAAAAAUGCAGUAUCAAGAAGAACAACAGAAGAGGAAACUACUAGAUCACAAUGUAGAUGAACUACAACAACACAUACAAUAUUUACACGCUAAAGAGACUCUUAUGGAACAGUCUAAUUGUAAGCAACAAUUUAAGAUUGAACAACAAGAGGUCCAACUUCAAAAAUUAGAAGAUGAAAAGAAAAGAUAUGAUGAGCAAGUUAAGAACCAUCAGGAACUAUUGGAGAAGCUAUUUGUGUUACAAAAAGAGAGGGAUUCUUUAAAAGAAGAAUAUGGACAAUUUUUGAAGCAGCUUGAUGUCCUUAUGAGAAAUUUUAAUGAGAAACACCAUCACCAUAAAGUCAAGCUUCAGAAAGCCAAGGAACGUUUAACAAAUGAAGUGGAACAACGAGAUGGAAGGAUUAAACAACUUGAAACUGAAGUUGAGAAGAUGCACAGUCUAAUGGAAAAGGAGAAGGCGUUCCAGGACCAAGUCACCACGCAGAAUGAGAAUCUGCUCCUUGAAAAGAAGCAACUUUUAGAGAAACUAACAGAACGAGAUGAAACUAUACAAGGCAACACAUAUACGAUCUCUUCAGUCCAGAAUAGGGUACUUUUUCUCGGUGAAGAAAACAAGCUACUGCAGGAAAAUAGCCAUCGGCUUACCCAGCAAGUUGGCCAACUAGAGCGAAUCCUCAGGAGUAUCCAGGUUCGAAGAGGGGAGGAGAUGACAAUAAGUGAGCAGUAUGAGAACGAGCUAUGGAAUAAGAAGCUGAUUUUUCCAAACUUAAGUUUUUCAAUAACAGGUUUGGCAAAGUCAAACGAAAAUCUUAAAGUGACUGAAGAACAGAAGUCCGAAGAACUACUUGGAAGCCCCAAGUCUUCUCUGUCUUUUUCACAUUCCCAACCUCCUGAAGUGGGCAGCUUAAAUAUGGCUUCUCUAGUAGGUAAACCUAGCAGCCAGAACCAAGACCGGAGUCAGGAUGGACCUAAUGGCGUCCAACAAGAGCACCAAGAAAAACUCUAGGCAGAAACCUGGAUGAAGAAGAGAAGGAAGAGAAAAAUAGGCACCCCAGGACACGAACUAGAAUUGCUAGAGAUUGCUGAUGAAGUCAUUAGACCAUUUAGAGAAACUGCAGGAUAUUUGUGUGUUUUACACAAAAUCUCAUAGUCUAAAGGAACUCCCUUGGAGGUAAUAUAGUCCCAUAUGUACCUAAACAAGAAUCUCUUAUACAGUCUUCCAAGAAGUGGUUUACCUGAAGACUAUCAGGGAUGGGGAGCUCAGUAUCUGCCUGGGUGGCCCAUUCCACUUUUAAAUCAUUAUUAUUAGGAGGUUUUUCCUGAUGUCCACAAAAAAAAAAAAAUCUUUCUACUGCCCUCUAGCGUCAUGCUAUAGUGGAAAGAGCACCGGAAAGACCUGAGUCUAAGCCUUCACUAGGAUACUUACUAGCUGUAUGACCAGAGGCAAAUCACCCAAUCUCUUCCUUGAAACUCUGUCAUUAGUCUUCGGAAUCUUUGAGAAAGCUCCUCUGUCUGAGAAUUGGUCCUCAUCCAUAAAAUUGGAAUAAUGCCUAUACUACCAGCUAUCACUGAAAAGAGAAAACACUUUGUAAACCUUCAAAUGCUUGUGUAUGUGAGUUAUUAUCGUUUCAUAAAUCAAACUCUUAAAUACUUCAAGUCAGCUAUCCUAUCUCCUACCCAAGUCUAUCUUCUCCAAAGUAAAUAUAUCCAGCUCCUUUAAUCAAUCCUCCUACAGCAUGACCUUUAGUCCUCUCAACGUCCUGAUCACCCUCCUCUGUCAAUGUGCUUCCUAAAAUGUGACAUCCAUUGCUAAACACACUCUCAUCAGUGCAGAGGACAGGGAAAUUAUUCCAGAGAGUAGACAGUGUAUUAUUCUUAAUGGACAUCGAGUUCUGUCAUAGUAUAUUAACAUCUUCAGGUGUUUUACUGUCAAUAUAAUGAAUGACCCAUGCUAUAUAACAUAUGUUCUACCAGUAUAACAUAAAAGCCGGUAGAUCAACAUUCUAUCUUUCGAGGAGGGAACAGCUAACUAUGGGCUUGCCAUACUUAGGUGUGUGGUCUGUGAGCUAAGAAGGGUUUUCACAUUUUUAAAUAAGGUUUACAUUUAAAUAUUUUACAUUUAAAAAAAUAUGAACACCCUUCUUGGUUCUGGGAGAUACAAAAACACUCUUCAGGGACUGGACUUAGCUCUCAAGCCAUAGUUUGCUGACCCCUGCUCUAGAAUGUGAUGAUUUAAAAAUGAGUU